AUAACCUACCAUAAAGACUACCUUCUGCUCAGAAUAAGAACAAGCACAGAAGGUUCUGAGACCUUCUGUACCUGCCGGUGACAGGUGAAACAGAGAUAGAAUAUUUUUAAGCUUGAGGCCUUAAGCACCUGUAUGGACCAAAAUUAUUUAUAAUAAUUAUUUGUUGAUUCUACAUUAUACUCUGAAGAAAAGGAAACUUGAGGAAAAAAUACUUUGAAAAAAUAGAUAACUUGAGCUCAUGCAGUUGAAAAUUAACGAAAAAUGAAGACAACAAUAACUUUUGUUUUACUAUUCUUCUGCUUGAAUGUUCAUAGUCAAGGUCUGCAGGGCAUUAGCGAUGAUGAUCUAUUAGAAUUAAUAAGGGAUAAAGAAAAACUAAUUGUUUUGUUCACAAAGUCAAAUUGUGAAACAUGCAAGUUGUUAGAAGAACACAUAGAGAGUUUGCAAGAGGAUUUUAAGAAAGAAAUGAAUGCAGUAAGUGUGAAAGUGACUAACAGUCACAUGGCAAGAUUAUAUAAUCCAGGAAAAGAACCAGCACUGGUUUUCUUUAGGCAUGGUGUCCCUUUACUAUACAAUGGUGAAGCUGAUGAAAAUGAAAUAUAUGGUUUCUUUGAAAAAAACCAAUCACCUGCAGUCAAAGAGCUUAAUGAUAAGAUUUUUGAGCAUAUUACUCAGGCUGCUACCGGUGCAACCACUGGAGACUGGUUUGUGAUGUUUUACGGCGCAUCUUGUGUAGAGUGUCAAAGAUUACAUGCAGUUUGGGAGAGUGUGGGUGCCACUUUAAGGGGCGCAUUAAUGUUGCUUUCAAUUGACGGCAAUUUAGCUGGUGUGAAUACAGCUAAACGAUUUCAAGUUACUUCAUUGCCUGCCUUCCUCUUUUUCCGUCUUGGUAAAGUUUAUAAGUAUGAUAUACCAAAGCGGGAUGUGAAGUCUUUCGUUAUAUUCGCUGAAGAGUGGUACAAAAAUACUAAAGGCACACCAGUUCCUUUACUUGCUUCACCUUUUGAUGAUGUUGUUGACUGGUCUGUAGAAAUGAUCAAAUUCAGCAUAGCAUUCGGAUUGGAUCUACUGGCGAAAUAUCCUUGGAUUUGGCAAAUAGGUUUAGCUGGUUUUGGUUUGGUGGCAAUUACUGCAUUAAUAGCACUGCUAAAGGCAGGAAGGUCUAAACCUGCCAAAAGUGUUAAGAAAGAAAAGAAAAGUAAAUAGCCUAUUGUUUGUAUUACGUAACUUGUAAUACAUAUGAGUAUUCACUUGGAAUUUUGGAUAUGAAUUUGUAUCUGAUUUACAUAUCUUGGACUAUGUGCAUUGGUUAGGGAAAAUAUAGGUAAUUCAAUUAUAAGACUUGAAAAUGUAUCUCUAUUAGUAGGAAAACACAAAAAUGACCAAUCUUAAAUCAGGAGUGAGAUGUAAUUGCAUUUAUUUGAGACUUCAAUCUAUGUAAGAAUUAAGAGUAUAAUGCGUUUUUGUCUUUUCAUAAACUAACGAUUUUUUUUAUUAGAAAA